AUGGAGAAACACUUCCUCUGGCGCGCUUGUCAUGAAAUUUUGCCUACAAAAGCAAAUCUUGGGGCCAAGAAGGUGACUGAGGACUCCUACUGCCCAGUCUGUGAACGAGCGGAGGAGACCAUAUACCAUGCGCUAUGGGAAUGCCCUGCGGCCAGGGACGUUUGGAGUGUUGGGUGCAUUAAAUUCCAGAAAAGCCAUUUUGAAGGGCCGUCUUUCCUUCAGGUGGUGGAGGGAAUGUUGAAGAGCUGGGACCAGAUGGAAUUUGCUCAGUUUGCAAACAUUGCUCGUCGUAUUUGGCUUCGGAGAAAUGAGCUGAUUCACGGUGGUGUUUUUCUCAAUCCCAAUUUGUUAAUUCAGCAAGCCAUACGGGCAGUGACUCUGUUUCACCUGGUGCGGAAUGAGGUGGUACCGCAAGAGGUUGCUUGCGAGGCUUCUAAUCACUGUAAUUGGAAAAAUCCUCCAAUUGGGUGGUUUAAGGCCAACUGGGACGCGGGCGUCAAUCAACGUUUUUAG